AUGAUGAGCGAUGUCAUCGGACUGGCAGAGACGAGAAAACGCCGAACAUUAAACGCCGUCUACGAGAGCGAAGAAGAAUUGUUCCUUGGAACAGGUGACAAUAGAGUCGGCGAUGUCGCCGUUCUCGUAAACACCAGCUUGGACACGAGUAACGAUUCAUUCGAACUAACAGUAAGAAUCCGACGUUUACAGUUCAAAAAAUGUGAAUCAACACCGGCUUUGACACCAUUCGUCAUCUACGCACCAAAAUCAAGCUAUGACGAAGACGAAGACUCCUAUAUGGACCCGGAGCUCCACAUGGAAGAUCGCACAUUUUUUAAGGCCAAGAUUGGACCCAAAUGA